CACACACUCAAAAAUUUGUAGGAUAAUUGACGCCUGCAGAACGAGCUGAUUUCUUGGUUAAGUACAGCAACGAGAGCGACUGAUAGUUUUCAUCAAAAAAAAAGAAAGCAAACACUAUAUUCAAACUAUUCCGCAUACAAUAAUGACGAUAUCUGAAUUAGAAGCCAAAAUCGAGCAUAGUCGUACUAUGCGAGAUAAGUUCAUUCAAAUGCGCCCCCUUUUAAAGGAUAAGAAUGUUAUAUCUGACUGCGAUACCCAGAUCAAGGAAUACCAAAAGUAUAUCGACUAUUUUACAGAGGAAUUGCAUAGAUUAGAAGCUAAGCAGCAACUAAGUUCAUCAGAAGAAAAGGGGUACACUAGUAGUACAGCUGAGCAGGCACAACAAAAAUCAGAAAACCCACCAAGGUCAAGCUCCAUGCCACCAGGUAUAAAUGGAGGAACGGCAACAAAUACCACCGCUGCGAUACAAGCCAAAAUGGGCAAAAAGAAAUAUUCAAACUUAGAUUUGCUUAUGUCAGAAACUCCGUACAAUAAACCAAAGGUGUCUCUAAAACUACACGAACUGGAAUAUAAGCUGGAUGUAGAGAAGACAGUAUUGAAGGGUAUCAAAGGAAUGUUCGAAGUGAUGGAACGCAACCCUUCUGCUGAUCGAAGAAAUCGCACUGAGCUGCAGGAUAAGAUGUUUGAAAGCCAAGAAAAAUUAACAUUAUUGAAUUCUGCAUUACGGAAGUACAAAAGCUUAUACAUCGGUGAAGGUGGGGACGAAGAUGAAUAUGAAUUGGAAACACUUCCCUCAGCCCGAUUGCCUCCUGGUUAUCGCAGGCCUGUUACUGGCAAACUUCAAUUGCAGAUUUUGGAAGCCAUGGAAUUAGCGCAUGCACCAACUCGUAUGAUUAAGUCUCCAAGUACUGUCGUCAUAGUAAAAGUGGACAAUCAAAUCGCCUAUCGUUCAAGACAAGCGCGUAAUGAUAAAUGGAGUGAACUCUGUGAAACACAUGUCAAUAAAGCUUCGGAAAUAGAGAUUAGUAUUUAUGAUCAGUCCACGGAAAAAUCAUUACCAAUUGGUUUCUUUUGGCUGAAAAUUACCGAUAUCACAGAAGGACUUCGUAAGCGUAAGCUACAACCUCAAUGGAUGCCAGCGGAAGAGGCGCAAAAAGUGCAUCGUGAUGUGAAUGAAGGCUUGGUUACUACGGAAACGGAAAACGCUGAGCCAGCUGUUCCAGUGCAAGCGGAUCAAAAUGAAAAUGGUAUCGAAGCCUGGUUCGAUGUUGAGCCUGUCGGAAAGUUAGCGCUCAGACUUAAUUUUGUCCGCUCAGAGGGCAAUAGACGUCCAAUGGAUAAGCUAGGUCGUGCAGGUGCUGUACGUCAACGUCGUGAAGAAGUAGUCGAAGUAAACGGUCAUCAAUUUGUGGAGAAGCGUUUCUACAAUGUAAUGAAGUGCGGUCUCUGCGAAGAAUUCUUCGUCAACAGUGGCUUUCAAUGUGAGGAUUGUGAAUACACAUGUCAUAAGAGGUGUUCUAGCAAGGUGGUAACUAAGUGUAUGGUCAACUCUAAGGAUAAUGUUUCUGACGAAGAUAAGCUUAACCAUAAGAUCCCUCACCGUUUUGAACCUAUCACCAAUAUCGGUGCCAAUUGGUGCUGCCACUGUGGUUAUAUCCUACCCCUGGGAUCCCGCGGAGCGAAAAAGUGUUCCGAAUGUGACAUUACUGCACAUAGACGUUGUGAGCAUUAUGUACCUGAUUUUUGCGGUCUUAACAUGGAAAUGGCUAAUCAAAUGCUUGCUGAAAUCAAGGCUGCAGCUAGAAGAAAAACUGAUGAAACAAAAAGCCAACACAACUCAAAACACGAUGAUAGUGAUAAUACCGCCAUGGAUAAAGAAGAUGCGCCAUUACCUGUGCCUUCUCAUGAAUCAGACGAAGUACCCAAUGAUAUAGACGAUAGAUUAAGCACACAGCUUUUGGCAAACUUGACGUUACCAUCGCAUCCGACAAGUACAAAAGACUCAUUGAAUUAUAACACACCUGUUAACACUACAGCUCAAGUACCCGCCGAUAUGUACAAUGCAGGGCCUAAUGCUAUCGUAACUGGCAUAUCUCAGCGCCAGCAGCCUCAAUCGCCGGCAUACCAAGUCUCUCCUACUUCCCCACAGCAGCAUUUACAGCAGUCUCCAUCUCCAAUGCACUACCAAUCACAACCGCAAAGCCCAUCAAGUAUAUCUACAAUCAAUGUCUAUACUCAGCAACAACAACAACAUCACCUCCCUGCAUCACCACACCAGCACCGUCCACCACCAAUCCUCCCUACUCAUGGACAACAAUUUUACUCACCCCAACAUCUUUCUAAUCCAAGGUUCGGGGCUCCACCAAACCCACAUUAUUACCAACAACAGCAGGUGCACACUCCUCCCCAUCCUCAAACUGUACAACAGCAAUAUCAAAACAGACCACUUCCUUCAUUAAAUGCUCACCAGCAUCAGCAACAAUUGCCUUAUCCCCAUCAUCCAAUGAUGCUUGGAAGACCUCCGCAACAAUCAGCACCCAUCAUCAAUCCUAACUAUGCUUCCGCUUUGAACCAGCAGCGGCCAGCUCCAUCGCCUAUGCAACAACCGAUACCUUUUCCACCCGGUCAUCAACCUCAUUAUAAUAACAAUUAUAACAACAUGAUCAUGGGAAUGCCCCCUCCUGGACAUCAAUUGCAGAAACAUCCAAGCCUUUUACAACAGCAGCAACUCGGUAGACCUCUUCUUCAAAAUAAUUUCAAUCGAAAAGUUGCUUUAGACAAUUUUACCUUCUUAGCAGUUUUAGGUAAAGGAAAUUUUGGUAAAGUUAUGCUAGCGGAGGACAAGUAUGAUAAAAAGCUUUAUGCAAUCAAGAUGCUAAAAAAAAGAUUCAUUAUUGAUAAUGAUGAAAUCGAAAGUGUUCGUUCUGAAAAACGAGUAUUCCAAGCAGCUAAUCACGCCCGUCAUCCAUUCUUGAUCAAUCUUCAUUCUACGUUUCAAACAGAGACUAGAGUCUAUUUCACAAUGGAGUAUAUCGAAGGUGGUGAUUUAAUGUGGCAUAUUCAAAGAGGACAAUUCUCAGAAAGAAGAGCUAAAUUCUAUGCUUGUGAGGUGCUCCUCGCCUUGGAGUACUUCCACAGUCAAAACAUCAUUUAUCGCGAUCUUAAGCUUGAUAACAUAAUGCUGGGUUUGGAUGGUCAUAUUAAAAUAGCAGAUUACGGUUUAUGUAAGGAGAAUAUGGGGUAUGGCAACACAACCGGUACAUUCUGCGGCACUCCAGAAUUCAUGGCUCCAGAAAUAUUGCGUGAGCAAAAAUAUGGCCGUGCUGUUGAUUGGUGGGCUUAUGGUGUUCUUAUUUAUGAAAUGCUCCUUGGUCAGUCUCCCUUCCGCGGUGAAGACGAGGAUGAAAUUUUCGACGCCAUUUUAGAAGAUGAUAUCCUUUAUCCUAUCAAUAUGUCAAGUGACUCUAUUUCAAUCUGUCAGCAAUUGUUACAACGCGAUCCUACACGUCGAUUAGGUGGAGGCCCCGAGGACUCUCUUUCCAUCAAACAACAUCCAUUUUUCCGCGGUGUGAAUUGGGAUGAUAUGCUUGCUAAACGUGUACCCCCUCCAUUUUAUCCUUCUGUUACAGGACGUUUAGAUACGUCCAACUUUGAUGAAGAAUUUACAAACGAAGUGCCAGCAUUGACUCCCAUUGAUUCAAAUCUAACACGCAUUGAGCAGCAGGAGUUCCUUCACUUCUCCUACAUUGCGGAGUGGGCUAAAUAAACACUAGAAUUGAUCUGUGUUGAAUAUUCAAAUAAAUAAGAGAAACAAAAAAAAGCAAUGCUGAAAGCGGCAUAAAAAAGGUAAUCCGUGAUUACAUAAGUUGAACGCCAACCCCGCACUUUUUAGAGAUAUCAUUAA